CUGAUUACAUUUUACACACUCUCUUACCUUGCAAAAGUCAGCUGCGGAUCAGGACCUGUCCAACGAGUUUUCAUUUGUUUUUAAGUCUAUUUACUUUUUGAAUUGUCCAACCUCUUGGGCAUGACAUUGGAUAUAUUAGGGCUGAUAAUAUAAUCAGAGCUGCAAGAUCAACACUGUUUGGAAAGAAAGAAAGGUGAACCAACUAAGACUCCAAGAAUGCUUGAGGCGGGGGCACUGCUGAAAUCCAGACAAGGCAAGAUUACGAUAAUUGUCAUCAGUGUGACCAUCUUCAUUAUUGUAGCAGCUGUUAUUGCUUCCAUUGUUAUAACAACCGUCCUUGGUAACAAAAAUGCUGGGCCUGAGCCGCGCUACUAUGAUGGAUCGUUUAGAAUGAGCUCCACGAUUUCUAAUAGAGACGCCAAUAGUGCUGAAUUUAAAGCAUUGUCAGUUCAGAUUGAAAGGCUUACAAAAGAAACAUUUGAAGGUUCAGUCCUCAAAGGUCUAUUCAGUAUGGCCAAAGUGAUCAGCUUGGGGUCCACUGAGAAUGUUCAACCAAGAUUAGUGAUCUUAUUCCAAGUUUUACCUGCAGAAAUGAAAAACUUUUCCUCCAUUCCUAUUCAAAAUAUAUUUCGAGAAAUUGCAUCUAGGUCAAGUUUUAACAUCGAUAAGGACUCUGUGCAAUUGAGAGAAAUCUCAGUUGCUGAAGCAGGGAAUCUCCUUUAUGGCGAUUGCGGUGUUGGAGGUCCUGAAACAAGUAGGAUAGUAGGAGGGAGUCCGGCACCUUCAAGAUCAUGGCCCUGGCAGGCCAGUCUGCGUUUGAAUGGGAUACACAAGUGUGGAGCCACUCUCAUCAGCAACACCUGGCUAACUUCUGCUGCUCACUGUUUUGAAUUAAGUACGGAUGUAAAUUCGUGGACAGUAGUGUUGGGUACUACAUUAUCAAGCCCUGGAAAUGGGCUAAAGCUCCGGAGGAUCAUAGUGCAUGAGUCUUUUAGCUUUACAGGAAAUGGAAAUGACAUUGCACUUCUUGAGCUGUCCGAUCCUGUCACUCUUCAACAAAACAUCCGCACUGUAUGUCUACCAAAGGCAUCUGACAACUUUCCUGAUGAUUCAUCAUGCUAUGUCACCGGGUGGGGAGCAGUUGAAUAUCGUGGCCGUACAUCACCUAUUCUACGACAAGUUGAAGUGAAGAUAAUCAAUUCAGAUAAGUGUGCUAGUCCUCUGAUGUAUGGAAGUCAAAUACAACCAUCAAUGCUAUGUGCUGGAUAUGAGAGUGGGGGAAAAGAUGCUUGCCAGGGUGAUUCUGGUGGUCCUUUGGUCUCUAUGCAAAAUACAAAGUGGUUCCUUGUUGGAAUUGUUAGUACUGGUGAUGAGUGUGCAUUACCUAACAGACCUGGAAUCUACACCAGAGUUACAUCGCUGCGCAACUGGAUUACCCAGCAGUCUGGAGUAUAAUGCCCAGGAGAAGAAGAAAUGUGGCGUGGAGGAACUUUAAUGGCCUGGAAAAAACACUGACAUUGGAAGACUGCUAGUGGAGACACAGGGCCGAUCCUAGGCAGGGUGCACAGGGUGCAUUGCA